AUCAAGGCCGGGGCCGGGGCUCGGCGUUUCCUCUCGCGCGGUGACUUCCCUUCUCGAGCCUUUACGAAUAGACCUCAGCUAUGGGAGGGCGCAGGCGAAAGCUGAGAGCGCGAGCUCGUGUGGCUGGGAAGCAGCGUGAUGGGCAGCGGCGGGCAGGACCGCUUCUGCCUCUUCCUGCCGUGCUCUCUCUCCACUGGCCUGGCCUCGUUUGGGCUGGGUGAGGAGCAGGGAAAGGGAGCGCUCUGAAGGAAAUCCAGCAAGAAGGCUCAUUGUGUGCUCAACACUGUCUGAAUAAUUUGCUACAAGGGGAAUAUUUUAGUCCUGUUGAGUUAUCCUCUAUUGCACAGCAGCUGGAUGAAGAAGAAAGAAUGAGAAUGGCAGAGGGAGGAGUGUCUAGUGAAGAAUACAGAACGUUUUUGCAGCAGCCUUCUGUAAAUAUGGAUGAUAGUGGGUUCUUCUCAAUUCAAGUUAUAAGCAAUGCCUUGAAAGUUUGGGGUUUAGAACUAAUCCUUUUCAACAGCCCAGAGUAUCAGAGGCUUGGGAUCGACCCUGUAAAUGAAAAAUCAUUUAUUUGUAAUUAUAAGGAACACUGGUUUACAGUUCGAAAGUUAGGAAAACAGUGGUUUAACUUGAACUCUCUCUUGAUGGGUCCAGAACUAAUAUCAGAUACAUAUCUUGCACUUUUCUUGGCUCAAUUACAACAGGAAGGUUAUUCCAUAUUUGUGGUAAAAGGUGACCUGCCAGACUGUGAGGCUGAUCAGCUAUUGCAGAUGAUUCGGGUACAGCAGAUGCAGCGACCAAAACUAAUUGGAGAAGAGGCAGCACAGUCAAGAGAACAGAGGCUGCCCAAAAGUGAUGUGGACCAAGCAAUAGAAGUUAACCAUCCUUUUGAUGGAACAGGCAUGUUAGAUGAAGAUGAGGAGAAUUUUCAAAGAGCCCUGGCUCUGAGUAGGCAGGAAAUUGAUAUGGAAGAUGAAGAAGCUGAUCUUCGUAGAGCCAUUCAACUCAGUAUGCAAGGGAGUCAUCGAAGUGAGUUCUUGGACUCAGUACCACGGAGUUUUCCACAGUCACCUCACACCAGUCAGACAGACUCCCUUUCUUCAGAAGAACUGCGAAGAAGACGGCAAGCAUAUUUUGAAAAGCAGCAACAGCAGCUACAGCAGCAAGAUCAGACUCAAAACCUACAUGGUAAGCCAACUAGAAGUUCAAGCACCCUGGAAGCUGACCCAGGAGGUGAUAUGAGUGAAGAUGAUAUGCUUCAAGCAGCCAUGAAUAUGUCUCUGGAAACUGUUAGAAACCACUUGAAUACAGAAGAGAAGUGACAUCACAGCUUUUUCCUCUGUUGUCGAAACACUAAAUCUCAAUUAUAAUUUUACUGCGUGGAUGUUGCAAAAGCAGGGUUUAUUUCAGAGCUGUGGAAUCAAGAUUGAAAGGGGAGCAAGAAGUCAGAGGUUUAGAGGGAAUCUGCAAAUACCAAGACAAUUGCACUGUCCUAGAAAAUUAUAGCACUCCUACUACAGAACAUCUGUUCACAAGACUAAUUGUAUUAAAAUCAUUUUAACUACUCACAUGUACAAAGUUAGAUACAUAUAAUAAGAUAGUAGCUGUAACUUACAUUUAAAAGCAAACUUAAAUUGUUUUGAAGAAUUCUACGCAAUAUGUAAAUGGGGAAAAACUGCAUCAACUAAUCUUCACAUACGCAAGAAUACAUAGAAAUAUUAUGUUGUGCUUAUAAAUUGCUCCUUUUUGAAGAAACAUGCAUUUUAAAACAGAAAAUCAGUUUAGCUUAGGUAACUUUAUUUUGUGGGGUUUUUUCCUCCUGCAUAACUUGAUAAUUUUUUUCUUUGGUCCUGCUAUUCAGUUGUGAAAUGAUCUAUUCUGCAAGAGAAACUGGACUUCUGAAACCUUAAUUUAGCGGUUAGCAAUGCGAGAGAGAAUCUCCAGUGUAUUGUUGAUUAUAAUGUUGCUCCUAAAUCUUCUAAUGACUUCUGACAUUCUAACACUUGUUGCUUUGACUCCUGACAUUCUAACACUUCUUGCUUUGACUUUCAGUUCCACCUACGAAGUCUUUAUAUCCUUCUUUUGAAGUAGGGUUCUUGCUUUCCCGUUUGUCUUUGGGCAGACCUUUUUUUUUAAUUGCCAUUGUCUCUACCAGCAUAGUAGUAUGUAAUCAGUUGGGUUAACAGGUUUUCUUCUAUCUCUUGUGGAGGGUGUUGGUUUUUUUUCCCUUUAAGCUCAGCCUUUCAGUCUGGCCUCUAAAUAUGAUAAAGUUGUAACUGAGUAGUUACAAGAAGUAGAAGAUUUAGAUGCCAUAAAAUCAGUGCCACACACGUAAGGUGCAUUCCGGCAGUCUGAAAUGAUCCCUGUGCAAGUAGGUCUUUUAAGACUGAGUAUUUAUGUGUGGAUGUUUUUUCUGAAAUGCUUCUUAUGAGUGUGUCUCAGAAUGUUGCAGCUUUUUUCAGGAAUGGCCUUUAUUCAUGCACCUUACAAUUUUUUUUAUCAUGCUAUUUCUAAUCCUGAGGAAAAUCAGGGAGCAAAACAUGGGAGAUAGCUUAUUCUAUUGGUUAUAAGCGAUUUACUUUGAUAUCCAGGAUGAAUGUGUAAUAGGGUGACCAAACUUGACUUUCAACUUUAGUGCAGCAGUUCAGAUGCAUUUAAUUCUUAAAUGGUGCUUGAAAUACAAAUUCUGUUUACAUGCAGGUUAUAUGGAAAUAUGCUGUAGAUGCAAUGUGCUCCACUUAAUGCAUUAACAGUUAGCAUAGGUAUUCUAAGAAUAAUCUUUUAAAAGUAAACCCAAAUUUCUUUUUCAAAAUAUUCUAAAAUUGUCAUUGCACAGUAGUAACAUUUAACUAUUAUUAACUGAAGGGUAGUUAGAUGGAAGCAUGCAUUCAGCAUCAAGUAGUACUGUACAUGAAAGGGCUUUUACCUCUCAGUAAAGAUUUGUUUACAGCAACGAUUUAUUGAUAGCUUAGAGUAUUAUAAUAAUAAAUGAGCUGAAUCUGUUUUCCUUACCUGUGUGCUGAAUUUCCACUGAUGUCAGCAGAACCACUUGUAUGUGUAAGGCAAUACAGAUUUCGCCAUGGGACAGCACUACUACUUAAAUUGAUUUUAAAUUUGAUCACUUUUUUAAUGAUUCUGUUGUGCACGUAAUUAACCUCCUGUAAUGUAUCUUCUCAAAUAAUGUAUCAAAACAAUAAAGCCAAACCAUGGCUUAAAAAUUUAUGUAUUUAUAUACCAUUUUGAAAUGCUGCAUUUUUCAGGAUAUCGAUUUCUGCUUUCAGUUUGAAACUUACUGAAAAUGGAGAAAGAAUCUGUAAAGCACUGAAUUGUCUUUUUGCUUGUCUGGAAAUUAUUCACAGCUUUAAUUUCCCUUCCUUUGUUGUGCCAUAAACUUAUUUUUGAAAUAAGAUUCUCCUUUCUAUAAAUAGAUAUAGAAUAGCAAAUCUUCUUAAGACUUAUUUGAUAUCAAUACUUAGAACUUGUUUUACCUUGUCCUAUGUUACAAGAAUAUCGUCAAAAUUUACCAUUUAUAUAGCUAUAUAGUAUAGCAGUCCUGUAUUAAAAAAUAAAAUAAAAAAUAAGCCCAUCAAACUGCAUUAACUAUAACCCAGUGACAAUUACAUGUUUUUCUAAUUGCUAAAGCAUGGAAGCUUGCAUUUGAAUUUUCCUAUCACUUUUCAAAUUACUUUAUCACCCAAGUGUUUUAAUAUGUAAGGGAAUAUAAAGUAACAGAGUGCCUGAAUCACCGUGUGAAUCAAUUACAGGGCUAACUGUAUUCCUUUCUGUGCAGAAACUGCUAUUCUGCAAAUAACUUGACAUUAAGGAGAAUGUCAAGUUCACUCAAGGAGGUGAAACUGCUUAGUCAAUCAGUUCAGAGGUAAUGUUUUAAGCUAUGUAUGUUAAUUGCACCAAAGGAAGAGACUAAUAUUACCUGUUGACAGUACACGUUUUAUAACCCAGAUCUAAAGUUCAAGAUGUGUGGACCUGCCAAGAAGCUGUCAAUAAAAAGCUGAUCUCA